CGUGCUGUAAUCGCUUCCUCUGUUAUGUGACAUGCGCAUUACGUUUAUUUGCGGCGUGUUGUGAUUAAUUUCCUACGCCUAUUUGUAUUUUCGCUGUUUUAGUGGAAUUUACCUUUAAUAUUUAAUACGUUAAAUAAAAUGAAUUCCUCUAGUAAUGCAACACAUUUGCCGCCACCGCCAAUAAUGUGGGCUCAAAGAAAAGACAAACUGUUUCUCACAGUACAGUUAGAGAACUGUGCCAACCCAACAAUUACAUUGAAAGAUAACAGUCUGUAUUUUCAUGGUAAAGGAGGCUCAGGCAACACAGAUCAUGAAGUUUUGCUAGAGUUCAACAAAGAAAUAGACCCUGAUUCAUCAAAGUAUCAUGUGACUGGUCGUGAAAUUAUUUUUGUUAUUAUGAAAAAAGAUAGCAGUUCAGGAUUUUGGCCUCGACUUUUAAAGGACUCAAAGAAGGUACAUUACUUAAAAACAGACUUUGAAAAAUGGAGAGAUGAAGAUGAUUCUGAGGUAGAAGAGCAAGAUGACUUUAACCUUGAUGAGAUGAUGCAAUCCAUGGGUGGUCUACAGGGAGGAGCUGGUGCUGAUUUAGGGGACCAAGAAGAUAGUGAUGAUGAAAACUUACCAGACCUUCAAUAAUAGAAUCCCAUUGGCCCAGUCCUAUUGUUUUAGAAUGUGAACAAAUUGUGUGAAUGUGUGUGUUUGUGUGUGUACUUUACACUAGGGACAUAGUCACAGUCAUAAUCUGAACAUGAACUAUGUUUGUAAGACUGUCUAGCUGACCUUGUCAUAGAUGUCAGAGUCAGGACUGUGAAUAGAAGUGCUCAUGUCUCCCCAUCGUUUCAUUUUUUAUUUUUUUUUUAUAUAUCACUGGUUUUGUUAAUAAAAGUUUUAUCGUUAUGUAAAGAUUUUUUAACACUACGUUUCUUCCUUUUCAACUUUGUGUUGUUGUUGGUACAUUCAUUGGUUUUCAUUUUAUUUGCUGAGCUUUUCAACACUAUGAUUUAUUUAAGCAUAAGUGAUUUUUUUUCUAAUUAGAAAGAGUAUUGAGUUCUCCGGUUAUAAAUCCUAGCUGACCUGAUUUCUUAGCAUGUUUGGACCAGUGUUAUUUGUAGUAGUUUUCUGGUGGCUUGGCCAUAUCUGACAGCUUAUGAAAUUGUCUCCCUUCCCUAAUUUUGUUCACUAUUGCAUUUGUAAUUUCCAUGUGAUCAAAGAAGUAUUUGAUUUCAAUGCUUAUAACAAGAUGAAGGCCACAGAAGCCUGUGCAUUAGAAUAGUAGAAAUCUCAUUAUAUGGCAUAUUCAAGAACUCAGACAAUUAAUGUAAAUAAAAAUUUGGAAUAAACAUUUUGUGUGUGUUUCA